AUGUUAAUUUAUUCAUUACCCAUUCUUUCUAUCAAUAAUAAUAAUAAUAAUGAUAAUAUCAGUACCAAUAACUCUACAAACACAAAUAAAAUCAACUCUAAUAACUAUUAUUAUGAUGACGAUAUAAAUGAUGAUAAUAAUAUUAAAUUAAUUCAACAGAGAUAUAAACUUCAUAAUAAAAUUGAAAAACAAUUAAGAAAACUAUUAAUUAAAGAAUACAGCAAUGAAACUAAACUAUCGUUUUUUUCAUCAUUAAACAGCAGCAAAACCAAUAUACACAAUAACACAUUAGCAAACAAUUGUAAUACAGAAAAAGAUAAUCAUGUAAGCAAGAAGCUUGAUAAUCAUCUUUUCAAUAUAAAUCUCUUUACCCAAAAAUUAUGUGUUAUUUUUUGGAAUAAAUCAAAGGAUACAUUAUUUUUAAAAUCAUUUUUUAAAUUAAUCACCUCAAAUAGCGAAACAGAAAAAGAUUUAUUUAAAGUAUUUAUGGAAGUUUUAAAAUCAUCAAUUAUAUUAGAAAGCAAUAACAAAACCAUUUUUGAUGAUAGCUAUAGUAAAAACAGUAAUAAUAGUAAUAAGACUCCCACUCAAAAGGUCAAAAGUCCAAUAGAUGAGGAAAGUUUUAAGAAACUAAUGCAAAACAUUGAUAUUUCAAAGUGGUUCAUAGAGUUUUUUGAAAGUGAUAAAAAUAGAAUAACAAGUUGGUUUGAUAACUUUGGAGUUGGUAGUGGCAAAGCAUCAUCGUCAAUUCAUUCGGAAAAUACACCAAUAAGCGAAACCAUUUCGAAUAAAUAUGGGUCCCUAGCAUUAGAAAAGUAUAUACUAGCAAAAAGAGAUAGUUGUUGGGAUUUAUUGCAAUGGAAUGGUGAUAUAGAUCAUGCUCCGUGUGUCAUAAUUCAAAAGAAAGAACUUUUAAAGCAACUAAAUGUGGUGAAAACCGUUCAAUCAAUAAUAGAUAAGCAGCCCUCAUUUUUUAACUCGAACCAAUUUAAUGAAUCAGUACAAUCAAACCCAAACGAAUUUUUUCAAGUAGACCAAGAUUACAUUAUUGAUAAACUAAUCAAAAUCAUUAUAGGUAUAAUAAAUAAUAAUAACGAAGUCAAUCAUAUUCAUAUGAAGCAUUUAAUAAAUUGUAUUGAUAAUUUAAUCGCAAGAAUUUCAAACCUCAUCAAUCCAAUAGAUAUAGUAAUCACCUUGAACAACUCUUUAAAGCACCCAGAUGAUGAUGUACUAUUGCUGUCCUCAAAAUUAAUGAUAGAUAAUUAUAUUUCAAAACAAUUCCGAAAUUUUAAUAACUUGAAGCCAAACACAAACCAGCCAAAUAAACCAAACGAUAUCAAUAUUAUUAAUUUAUUAAAUGAUGUUGUCCUAUUCAGCUGCAACUGGAAAUCUGUCAAAGUUGCAAUGAUAUUCAAUUCGUUAUCACCAAGCAAUAUAAACAAACUAAUGAACCAAAUUUCAAAAAAUAUAGAAUUUAAAACAAUAUUAGAAAAACGUUUAAAAAAAUAUAUUCCGUUAAACUAUAAUACAGAUUUAGAAACGAGCAACACCGCAUAUACCUUACUAGCACAAGAUAUUUUAAUCGAAGCAGAGAAUGAUGAUAAAACCGAACUAAUUAAAUUUAUUUUAAUUGAAGGUUUUAUUUAUUUUUAUACACUAAAAAAUCAAUUUUUAAAAUUAUUAAAUGAAAAUAAUAAAUCAUCUUUAAAUAAUAAUAGUACUAAUAACAAUAAUAAUAUAGAUAAUAAUAUAGAUAAUAAUGAUACCAACAACCCCUCAUCAAUAGAUUUAUUAAAAAACUAUUUUAUAAAAAAUCAAUUACCAAUAACUAUUAUAUCAAAAGAAGAAAAACCAUCUGAAAGUGCCACAAAUUCUGAAAAGAAAAAAGAAGAGAAAUUUAUCAAUAGUGAUGAUGAAAAAUAUAUAUACUCAAGCGAUAGUGAUGAAAAUGGUAAAGAUGUAAAGAAAAAAAGAAAAAAGAACAAAUCAUCAAAAAAGGAUAAAAAGAAAGCAAAAUUCUUUGAAGAUGACAACGAAGAGGAUAAAGAAGACGAAAAUAUAUUCAAUGAAGAAAAUGAGGACAAUGAAGACGAUAAAAACUAUACAUUUAAUAAAAAGGACAAUAACAAUAAUUUAAACAAUUUAAAAUUCAAAUAUGACAUGUUAGAAUUUCAAUAUAGUGACCUACCACAACUUAUAUAUAACCUUAAAAUAAUUCAAAUGAUAGAAAACUAUUUAAAAUAA